AUGGCUUUCCAGAAGGGUACAAGGAUGUUUGAAUUACUGCUGCUGGUAGUGCUGGGGUUUAUUCACCUUGGGAAUGUGGGAGCUUGGAAAAUUACAAAAAGAGGAACGAAUUCCCAGAAGAAUGAUAACUGUCCCUCAUUGGAGAGCAACAGCAUCAUGGUUGACAUCCGCAUUGUCAACCAUCAACAAGGCAUCCGCUUUGCACACACCUUCCAGAACCGCUCCAUCUCUCCUUGGGAUUACAACAUCACCAAAGACCCCAACAGAUUUCCCUCAGAGAUUGCAGAGGCCAGGUGCAGGUAUUCGGGAUGUGUGAAUGCUGAGGGACAAGAAGAAAAUGGGAAAAAUUCAGUUCCCAUCCAGCAGGAGUUCUUGGUUCUCCGCAGAGAGCCAGCACAGAGCUGCUCCCCUUCCUUCCGCCUAGAGAAGAUACUAGUUACUGUGGGUUGUACCUGUGUUACCCCAAUCACCCGCUCGAUUGCUUGAGAUCUGCCCCUCUCUUAGGUUGGGGAAUUUGGGAAGGCUAAGGAGAAAUACCUUCCUCCCAAAGAGUAGCCCUAUUAAGCACACAGCUCUCAGCCCCUUUCAUACUCAAAUUAACUUUAAUCCUUAAGACAUUCAACCUGACCUGGGAAUAAUUCUGAAAACUCUCUUCUAUGUAGUAGAAUAUCAUUUGGGGCUCUCCCAGGGAGCAUUAUUUAAUUCAGUAAUAUUCCAGUAUUAUAUUUAAGUUUACUUAGUAUACGAUGGUGUUAAAUGCUGGUUAAACACUUUGAAAAUGAGUGAAAGUUGUUACUGAGAUCUUAGACUCUAUUCCUUCAUUCUGGAAAUCACCUCCCCUUCAUGUUGUAAUCCCUUUUCAUGCUUGUUUUUUUGGCUUUAUUUAUAAUGCUAUGAUAUGUCCCAUUACUUCAUUUUUGAGUAAAGAUAAAACACAAAUAUUCAG